AUGCUGGCGGUUGCCAGGGAUGGCGAGCUCGCGGCCAGUGGCCGUGUUUAUAUUCCCUCUUCUCUCCUCUUCUCUCCUCACACCGCUGGUUGUCUUGCUCACUGUGUUGGCUUGCUCCCUUUGGCGUUCUGCUUGUCCUCUUACGAGGCUUUUCCCAUUCCCCUUUUCUUUUCAGAUUCUGUCGUCCCGAUGGCCCUCCCAGCUAUCUGCUCGCCCCGAUCUGCCCGCCUCCUUCUCACUGGGACGGUAGAGACGCCAACUUACGCUUCGAUCAUGGCCAAGGCCCGCCCCGCUGUGAAGGACCCGCCGAUCUACUUUCCUGGUUUGAAGCCCCUUGCCCGUCCCUGGCGUCUUCAUCCUCAGUAUCGAGCUCAUGUCGAUGACUUGAAGAAGAAACCCCUCCCCGUCGAGGCCAAGCAGUCCUCAUUGCCUGUUCCUCGUCUGGGUGGUCGCCAGAACAGUUUGGCCGUGCCCCUUCCCCCCCCCCUGUUUCCAUCCUGA